AUGUGCAUCGACAUGCACAGUCACUCAGCGCAUGCAGAGGCCAACGCAUGGCCCCUGCGUCCGCAAGAUUUGACCGCAGACACGGUCUUCAAAGGGGAUACGCCCGACGCACUACGUCGAGAUAUCAUCUGUCUCACCGUCGCCGCUCAAUGGCUCAGAGAAGCUCAGAGGGGAGACAAGCUCAGAGAUGGCCGCCGGGCAACAUCCGCCCGCGCUGCUAGCGUGUCUACGCUCGACAAGACAACUUUGAGCUUCCUCGGCCAUAUCGCUACCCUUCUCACCACCGGCAGCACUGAAGAGGAUGAUACAGCUGUCGCGGUCACUGGGCACUUGGAACCUGACGGCCGCUGCUCCCUGGUCUGUACCCGGAGCGAGAGGGUGUCGUCAACAGCGGCUGGCGCGACCUCUGCGUUGCCUGAGCUCGAGAAGAUCCCCGUUGACUCCCGGGCAGCGCAGAACUUGACGGACGAUCGCGAAUGGGCCCCCGCAACGAGUGUUGAGAAGCCCUUUGACGAGCACCUGCGCGACGUUGUCGCCAUUGUCGCCUACGUCCUCGGGAUGUCGCGCCAAGAACGGCAGAGCGAGCAUCUGGCUCUGUUGAGGCUCGACCUCUUCUUCAUACGACGCGCGCACCGGAAACUCGCGGCCCGUGUUGACAUAAUGGACAGGGGGACGCGGUGGCCCGGCCGUCCCCUCGUCCUGAUGCGAGAGUGCUACGCCACGUCGCCGCUCAGGUUCAACACGACCGUUCGGCUUAUGUGCAAAUUAGCCCUACUUGGAAAGCACGGCAUCCUCCCGUCCGACCCCGCCUCCGACCGCGCCGUCCCUCACAUCUAUCCGCUCACGAAUCUGAACGUCGGGCAGUGGUUGACUCUCCUGGAAGAUCUGCUGUUGCGGCUGAAGGGCGCUCUCUUUGGCGGUCAUGGGAAGUUGCACGAGAUCAGGGAGGUGCCCACUGUGGAUGCUACGAAGGAGAUCUACGUCUGUCUUCAUACUCUCGACACCAUCUUGCGUUCAGAUCUGUUCAAGAUACUCGAUGGACAUGGUAUGGACGCAUGCCUCAGAAGUCGAUUUGACCAAGUCCAGCGGAGUGAUGAAAGCGGCGAAAUACCGGAGGACGUCGAUGAAGCAGCGGCACUCUGGAGCUCAGACGGGAAUGAAGGGGCAGUCAUGCAGCUCCAUCGCUACCUUCAGACAAUCACAGCCUGGAUCACUGCCCGUCAGAGGCUGGUCGCCUUCAAGGGGACUAUAAAGACCUUGGAUAUCUUUUACCUCAAGAACACCCCUCACAUCACGAUCACUCAUGAAGACGUCAAGACCUUCGUGGACACCUACGUGCAGCGGCUGGAGUUGGCCUUCGACAACUACCCUGCCGAGUACCUGGCUAAAGCUAAGGCUGUGCUGACCGAGCGCAAGCUUCUCAGCAAGAACGGCAACACGUCAGAAGAAUUCGCUCAGCUGUGCCAGGGGCAGAUGACGAUGCAUCCAGAGACUUCCCUGAUGGCUCUGGCAUCUGCUGCAAUCCAGGAAUCUGAAGAUACCCCCUUGAAGAGUCAGAUCCCUGACGGUGUCUUCCCUCGUCAGGGAAAUAUUGCGAUCGGGGUCUGCAGGAAAUGCUGCGCAUGCUGUGACCUGCUCUCACGAGGAUUCACCGCCCUUCCCAAUCAAGACUCGUGCCAGGGUUCAGUCGCAUUCCUCGUGCCAGGAACUCAUGCGACGGUCUUUCCCUGGCUUCCUCCCUCUUUUGGUAUACCACUCUCCAUCUUGAAGGAUAUGAGGGGCUCCCUAUUCCUAAUCUUCCACAAAAUGUUGUGCACUUCGGUGGCUGUCCCAACUUCCGACCAUAACCGUGACGAUGAGGCAUUUGAUUUUCGAGAUUGA